AUGCCGCCGGGGGCUCCUGCCAGAGCAGCCAGGCCGCCUGGCCCGCCGUCUACAACCCAGCCGCCUCAGAGUGCCGGGUCCACGGCAACCACAGUUGCAACAGCAGGCGCAUCGUCAUCGUCAGGCAGGAAGAGGAAGCCCCCGCACGGGUCUGAGCAGCUUUCCAAGUAUGCCAAGGUGGACGGGCAUGGCUGCUCCUCCUCCGGGGGCUGCUGUGACGACGACCACGGCGAAGGACCCAGUACCGCGGCAGCGAGCACGUCGUCAUCGUCAACCAAGAAGAGAAAGUCCCGACACGGGUCUGAGCAGCCUUCCAAGUAUGCCAAGGUGGGCGGGCACGGCUCCUCCUCCCGGGGCUGCUGUGAGGACGACCACGGCGAAGGACCCAGUACCGCGGCCGCGAGCACGUCGUCAUCGUCAACCAAGAAGAGAAAGUCCCUGUAUGGCUCUGAGCAGCCUUCCAAGCAUGCCAAGGUGGGAGGGCAUGGUUGCUCCUCCGGGGGCUGCUGUGACGACGACCAUGGCGAAGGGCCCAGCAACUAUCAUGAUGAUGAUGAGCACAACAACUUCAACAACAGCAACAGCAACUACAACAAUGACAAUGGAAACACCAACACCAACAACAACAACAACAACAACACCAACAACAACAACAACAACACCAACAACAACAACAACAACACCAACAACAACAACUCCACGCCCGGCACCAUAUACCACCCUCGAGGCAAGCCGAGGGAGCGGGUCAAGCUCUGCAACUUUUGCAAAUACCACCCCGCCGGCAUAAAAAUGAACGAGCAGCGGCCGUGCGACCGGACCAGCCUCAAGGACAAGUACUUCCUCGAGUGCCAAAAUUGCUCCGACUUCCGGUUCCUGACCGGGGACACCUCGCACAAGUGCCAGACGGACCGCAAGCAAGACGCCUGGCAGCGGUACUCGACGCAUCACCCGGCCGAGUACCCCGUCAACUUUUACUGCAGCAACUGCGAAUCCAAGGGCUGGCAGAACACGUGCGACGCCGACCCGUUCCUGAACCUCAAGUGCUCGUCGUGCGUGACGGGCUGCCAGGGGGGGGCGCGGGCAUCAGCAUCAGCAUCAGCAUCAGCAUCAGCAACGACCACGGCCAAGGGCAAGGGCAAGGGCAAGGGCAAGGGCAAGGCCCGGGCGGGCCCCGGCCUCAAGCCGCCCGAUGACGAUGGUGAUGAUGGCUACGGCGACGGCGAGGACUGCGAGUUCAAGGACCGGCGCGGCAUCCCCUGCUUCGUGCACGGCAUCGAGAUGGGUCCCAAGCCCAACCUCCGCCAGGGCUUCCCCCGGUGGUUCCGCCAGGCGUGCGACAUCUGCAAGAACCUCAACAAGAAGUCCAUCGCCAACGGGUGCAGCUGGCUCAAGAACCGGCUGGCCUGGGACGUGCCCUGCGACCGCUGCCGCGAGCGGUCCAUGGCGUGCAUGCGCAGCGGCCUCCUGGUCUUGCCGCCCGGCGCCGUCGUCGUCGUCGUCCUGCCCGACCUGUGGUGCAGCUCGCACAAGCUCAACGAGGGAUGGGCCGAGUGCCGCGGGAGCAGCCCCUACCGAAAGAACUGCGUCGCCUGCGUCGAGGGCAAGCACCACUGCCGCGCCAUGGCCCAGCAGAUCGAGUACUCGUGCGCCAUGUGCUUCCAGAUGGGCAUCGUCUGCCGCGACGUCACCGACCCGGACAAGUUCUACCCGCUGCUGGACCUGAGCCGCGUCGGCAUCGGCAACUUCUGCGCCUUCUCCAAGUGCCGCAACUGCCGCGAAGCCGGCCGCAACUGCGACCGCCAGCGGCCCUGCGACUCUUGCGUCGCCCACGGCGACCUGGACUGCUGCAGCCUCAAGGACAGCUUCAACUGCAUCAAGCGCCUGGACACGCCGCCCGGCCCUGUCUACUACCUCGCCCUGGGCUACGGGGCCGAGGGGGUCGACGACGAAAAGGACGGCAGCCAGCUCGAGCACUGGAUCGGGCCCCUCUUUGCCCUCUACGCCAUUGACGGGAAGCCCCCGGGCCGAGUGCGCAAGAACAAGGCCGCCGCCGGAGGCAGCAGCAGCGGCAUGGGCUACGUCCUGGGCGAGGUGGACGAUGACGGCACCGGCAUCAUCGAAGGGGCCGGGGCCGAGGCCGAGGCCGCUGGUGCCGACAAAGCCCCUGCUGCUGCUGCUAGACCAUCCAAAGGCCAGGCCAAGUCCGCCCCGGCCCCCCAGUAUGUCCCCAGACCCAUGCUCAACAAGAUGACUCUCAGCUCUGCCGCCGAAGCCAUGCGCACUCAGCUGCUGCCUCCUGGUCCUCCUCCGCUGGCCACCGACCCCGUCUUUGGCGGCCGCCGCAUCGACCAGCUCAGCGUCGACGACCUCCGCCAGUGGAUCCGCCUCAAGUGGAAGGAUGCCUAUCCGCCAAAUCAGCACCCAAAGUGGAAUUUCACCGUCGGCGGUGCCAAAGAGGCGCUUGAAAACGCAAGGAGAGCCGAGGAAACGGGCUUUGACGUGUUUCUCAGCAACCCCCGGCCCCGGCCCCGGCCCAGACCCAGGCCCAAAUACAGUUUCAAAACCAGAUCCAAAUCCAAACCCAAGCCUAACCCAAACCCAACAGCGGAGGCGGUCCCUGAAGAAGAAGAAGAGGAGGAAGACGAAGACGAAGACGAAGAACAAGAACAAGAAGGAGACGGAGAGGAAGAGGAAGAGGAGUACGAGGAGAAACAUCAAGACCGACAACCCCCUCAGCCAGCACGACCAGCUAACAGAGGCAUCGCCCGGCAAGGCCAGGCACAGGGGAAACACGUCCUCCGCGCCCAAGACUCGGCCAACAACGGCUUCUUUGUCCCCAACCCCCGCAGCGGUGGUUACGGCCAGGCGUACAACAAUCCAGUCGAUGGAAACGGAUUCAACUUUUUCACCGACGUCGGCGCCGGAGUCGGUGUCGGAGUCGGUGUCGGUGUCGGUGACUUUGGCCAAGGGCCGAGCCGCCCCUUUUACGCCGGCAACCAGCCAGCCUCUGCCUCUGCCUCUGCCUCUGCCAUCCUGGGACCAAACGCAAAUGCCAUCAUGCCCUGGAUCGACAACUUUGACGAGUGUGUACUGCAAAGCGGCAUCCACAACGUUCCGGCCGCCCAGCCGCUCCUGCGCACGCCCACGUCAUACCAGCAGCCGUUCUACUUCAACCCCGGCAUUCCUCCGCCGGGUCUGAGCCCCUUCCCCCCCACGCACCAAUCCUACAUGCCCCGAGGGCCUCGGAUGCCCAGUUCCCUGCCAUCCAGCAACCUCGCUCCAUGGCCGGGCAUGCUGGUCCCUCCCCCCAUGUACUCGGUCAACAACCCCGAGAACGUGGACCCACGACUCCUGAACCUAGCUGUGCCGCCGCCAGUCAGGUUCCCAGCUCCGGCGCCGUUGCCAACCCCGUUUGCCGGCAAUGCCCCGCCGGCGCCGUUGCCGGGCCCGUUCGUCAGCAACGCCCCGAUGCCAUUCCCCAUGGGCAUCAUGCCCCACGAGCCGGCCGGAGGAGCCCCCGAAGGAGACGUCCUCGGCGGCGCGCACAUCCAACCCUGUCCACCACCACCUUUCCACGCCGCGUUUCCCCCUCCCCAUUCCGGGCUUCAUUCGACCGGCAGCACGAAUACCGGAGCCGACGACGUGAUUCACCAAGGGCUAGAUGACCUCGUCUGGCCAGGGUUGGGAGGCGGCCGCUGA